UGUGGCGCCGGGCUGGCAGCGCCGGAGCCCGGAACGCGCGUGCUCUGUGUCGCGAGCGCGCGAGAGAACGCGGGUCCCAGGAGCCCCGGCGCCCUGUCCUCUUCCAUUGCGCUUCCCUGGCGUGUGUGGCACGGAGCUGGACAUGGAGCCGCAGAGGUCCCCCUUGUUGGAAGUGAAGGGGAACAUAGAGCUGAAGAGAGCCCUGGCCAAGGCCCCUUCCCAGCUCCCUCUUCCGGGAAGCAGGCUGAAGAGGGGUCCUGACCAGAUGGAGGAGGACUUGGAGCCUGAGAAGAAAAGGACACGAGGCCUGGGCACCAAAGUUGCCACGUCCCGCCCCAGAGCAACGGCCCUCACCACUGUGCCACAGACACAAGGCCAGACCGCAGUGCCGAAAGUUCCCAGGAAGACAGGACCCCGAUGUUCCACAGCUGUCGCCACAGUGCUGAAGAAUCAGAAGCCAGGCCCUGCUGUUCCUGCCCAGAAGCCUGGCACAACAGCUGCUCCUCCUGUGGUGGGAAGGAAGAAACCCAGCAAACGUCCGGCCUGGGACUUAAAGGGUCAGUUAUGUGACCUAAACGCAGAGCUGAAAUGCUGCCGUGAGAGGACCCAGUUGUUGGACCAGGAGAACCAACAGCUGCGGAACCAGCUCAGGGAGGCCCAGCAACAGGCCACGGAACUGGGGGCAGAGCGCAGGACACUGGAAGAGGAGUUGGCCAGGAUGCGUGCGCAGGCUGAGCAGGGCCAACGGGAGCUGGGGAACCUGAGCGCCCGGGUCCUGGAGCUGGAAGAGCGGCUGGGCACGCAGGAGGGCUUAGUGCAAGAGCUCCAGAAAGAACAGCUGGAAUUGCAGGAGGAGCGGAGGGGACUGGCUGCCCGGCUGGAGGAGCAGGAGGGGAGGCUACAGGCAUCAGAAGCUGCUCUGUCGGGCAGCCAAGCGGAGGUGGCAUCCCUGCGCCAGGAGGCUGCAGCCCAGGCGGCCUUACUGGCUAAGCGGGAAGAACGUCUCCAUGGGCUCGAGAUGGAGCGCCGGCGGCUACACAACCAGCUGCAGGAACUCAAAGGCAAUGUCCGGGUCUUCUGCCGGGUCCGCCCCGUCCUUCCAGGGGAGUCCACCCCACCCUCUGGCUUCCUGCUAUUUCCCUCCGGCCCCAGCGGGCCCUCUGACCCUCCAACCCGGCUCAGCCUCUCCCGGUCUGACGAGCGGCGUGGGACCCUGAGUGGGGCGCCAGCCGCCCCCACCCGCCAUGACUUCUCCUUUGACCGGGUAUUCCCACCAGGGAGUGGACAGGAUGAAGUGUUUGAAGAGAUUUCCAUGCUUGUCCAGUCAGCCCUGGAUGGCUACCCAGUAUGCAUCUUUGCCUACGGCCAGACAGGCAGCGGCAAGACCUUCACCAUGGAGGGUGGGCCUGGGGGAGACCCCCAGGUGGAGGGGCUGAUCCCUCGGGCCCUGCGGCACCUCUUCUCUGUGGCCCAGGAGCUAAGUGGCCAGGGCUGGACCUACAGCUUUGUGGCAAGUUACGUAGAGAUCUACAAUGAGACUGUCCGAGACCUGCUGGCCACUGGGACCCGGAAGGGCCAUGGGGGUGAGUGUGAGAUUCGCCGGGCAGGGCCGGGGAGCGAGGAGCUUACUGUCACCAACGCCCGAUAUGUUCCUGUCUCCUGUGAGAGAGAGGUGGAGGCCCUGCUCCACCUGGCCCGCCAGAACCGGGCUGUGGCCCGCACAGCCCAGAAUGAGCGAUCGUCACGAAGUCACAGCGUGUUCCAGCUGCAGAUCUCUGGGGAGCAUGCUGGCCGAGGCCUGCAGUGCGCGGCCCCCCUCAGCCUUGUGGACCUGGCUGGGAGUGAGCGGCUAGACCCCGGCUUGGCCCUCGGCCCUGGGGAGCGGGAACGCCUUCGGGAAACGCAGGCCAUUAACAGCAGCCUGUCCACACUGGGGCUGGUCAUCAUGGCCUUGAGCAACAAGGAGUCCCACGUGCCUUACCGGAACAGCAAGCUGACCUACCUGCUGCAGAACUCUCUGGGCGGCAGCGCUAAGAUGCUCAUGUUUGUGAACAUUUCCCCCCUGGAAGAGAACGUCUCCGAGUCCCUCAACUCCCUACGCUUUGCCUCCAAGGUGAACCAGUGUGUUAUUGGUACUGCCCAGGCCAAUAGGAAAUGAAGAUGGAUCUAGAUUUUGUGUGUGUGUGUGUGUGUGUGUGAGACACACGGGGAAGGGGGUGCGGUGGGGGGUGCUUUAUUGGGAGGGGGGCACUGUGAUACCUGGGCCUAUGAAAUAAAGAAGAGGGUUUUUUGUUUUUUGUUUUU